GGAUUAUUAGGUUGGUAAUUUUUUUUGUAUUUGUGUGCAAAUGGAAUAAAACUUGUCGCCGGUUCUUUGAUUAAUUUCUUAAUAAUUGCAAAAAAUCUUGAGAAGCUUGUUGAAAUUUGAUACAAAUAAUUAAAGUCACUAUUAAUUAGGACAGCAAGUGAAACCGCGAAGUGAAUAAAAUAAUUUUUAUGAGAAAAAAUAUUCUGGACACAAGGAUCAACCAAAUUUAAUACUCAUCAUCAUGGGUUCACAUCAGUACCAAAUUGCAAAUUUGCUUGAGAAGAUGACUUCAAAUGAUAAGGACUUUCGAUUCAUGGCAACGAACGAUUUAAUGACCGAACUGCAAAAGGAUAGCAUUAAACUUGAUGACGAGUCCGAGAAAAAGGUCGUUCGUAUGGUUCUGAAAUUGCUUGAGGACAAAAAUGGCGAAGUACAAAAUUUGGCAGUUAAGUGCCUUGGUCCCCUGGUAAAUAAAGUUAAGGAGAAUCAAGUUGAAACUAUUGUUGAAUCGUUAUGCGCCAACAUGAUUUCCAAUACGGAGCAAUUGCGUGACAUAUCGAGUAUUGGUUUAAAAACUGUAAUAUCUGAACUCCCCCAGACAUCCAAUUCGCUGGCUCCAAAUGUUUGCCACAGAAUAACUUGCAAAUUAAGCAAUGCCAUUGAGAAGGAAGAUGUGUCUGUUAAGCUUGAAUCAUUGGAUAUACUGUCUGAUCUUCUGUCGCGUUUCGGGGAAUUUCUGGUUCCAUUCCAUAAUACAUUACUAAAAGCUCUUGUUCCCCAAUUAUCAUCAUCAAGACAGGCUGUACGUAAGCGAACAAUUGUGGCAUUGUCGCAUCUACUAACUCUGGCUACAACAAAUGCCUAUAAUGGUGUAAUUGAACAUUUACUAGAUGGACUUGAAAAUCCACAAAAUCAAGGAAAUAUUCGGACGUAUAUUCAAUGUUUGGCCUCAAUUUGUCGCCAGGCAGGACAUCGUCUGUGUAAGCAUAUUGAUCGGGCUAUGGUACUUCUUAAACAGUACAGUCAGCAAGAUGAUGACGAAUUACGAGAAUUUUGUUUGCAGGCGUGUGAAGCAUUUGUUAUACGUUGCCCCGAGGCAAUUCGACCUCAUAUUCCAAUGAUUUUAGAACUUUGUCUUAAAUAUUUAACAUAUGAUCCAAACUAUAACUACGAAGCAGAUGAUGUUGAUUCAAACGUAGCUAUGGAUACGGAGGAAGAGGAAUACAUUGACAGUGAAGAGUAUAGUGAUGAUGACGAUAUGAGUUGGAAAGUACGUCGUGCUGCAGCCAAAUGCCUUGAAUCAAUAAUAGCAACUCGUCAUGAUAUGAUCGAAGAGUUUUAUAAAGAGUUAAGUCCAGCAUUAAUAGCGCGUUUUAAGGAGCGCGAAGAAAAUGUAAAAUCUGAUAUAUUCCAUGCUUAUGUUGCACUUCUUAAAAAUUCUCGUUCUGUUGACGAAAUAUCACAUGAUCCGGAUUCUAUGGAACAGGUCCCAGCGACACUAGCUCUUCUAAUGGAACAAGUUCCACAUAUUAUUAAAGCAACCCACCCUCUUAUGAGAGAAAAAUCGAUGAAAACUCGACAAGAUUGUUUCUUAUUAUUAAGAGAAUUAUUAAAUGCGAUGCCAGGAGCAUUGGGACCACAUCUCGAUAAUAUUGUUCCCGGAAUUAGUUUCUCAUUAAGCGAUAAGAACUCAACAAGUAAUAUGAAAAUAGAAGCUCUAGGAUUUUUAUGCUCCUUGCUACAAGGUCAUCAAACUCAUGUAUUCCAUUCACAUAUACCAGUUUUGGUACCACUUGUAGUAACGGCUGUAUUUGAUCCUUUUUACAAAAUAGCUACUGAGGGCUUAAUUGUGCUUCAACAGUUGGUUAAAGUUAUUCGUCCUUUGGACAGUAGUGCUGCCAAUAUUAGUACUAUAGAUGUAACGCCAUUUGCUACGGAAGUAUAUUCAGCCACUCUGCAAAAACUUAAAGCUACUGAUGCUGAUCAAGAAGUAAAAGAAAGGGCAAUUGCUUGUAUGGGUCAAAUUAUUGCUAACAUGGGUGAUUUACUUCAAACGGAAUUGGCCACAUGUUUGCCAAUAUUUUUAGAACGUUUGAGAAACGAAGUAACUAGAUUAAGUUGCGUUAAAGCACUCACUAUGAUUGCAGCAUCACCUUUAAGAAUUGAUCUAACAUCGAUUUUGAAUGAUGUAAUGCCCGCUUUGGGUACGUUUUUAAGAAAAAAUCAACGAGCUCUUAAGCUACAUUCUUUGGAUUUGCUGAACAAACUUACUGAUAACUAUGAUCUUGAUAUAUUCGGACCUCCUUUGCUGCAAACUGCUAUUGCUGAAAUACAACCACUCAUCUCCGACUCCGAUUUACAUGUAGCUCAAUAUGCGUUAAUUCUUUUGACAACUGCUGCCCGAAAGCAUCCAAAGGCGUUGGUAGGAAUUCACGAUCAAUUCCUACCACCGGUUCUCCAGUUAUUACGUUCUCCACUCUUACAGGGAUCGGCUUUAACAUGUACACAUGAUCUUUUCCAAGCUCUUGUACGAACUAAUCUUAACGGACUUGACUAUCAUUCGUUAUUGAAAAAACUAAUGGAGCCUGUAAUGGCAGAACCCAUUUCUACUGGCGUAUUUCCUAACAGCAGUCACGAUCAGCUUCACAAGCAGGCUUAUCAUUCAUUGGCCAAAUGUGUAGCUGCAUUAACGCAGCAGUGCCCUAACGAAGCUAUACCAUUGGCAACACAACUUUUAGGAGACCUUCAGAAGAGAUCAUCAAUCGGCGAUACACAACUCGUAUUUUGUUUGUUAGCAAUAGGAGAGAUUGGUCGGCAUUUUGAUUUAAGCUCUAUUUCUGCACUACCAAAAACUAUUAUAGAGUGUUUUAGUGCUGCUUCUGAAGACGUUAAAGCUGCAGCUAGUCAUGCUUUAGGUGCGGUAGCAGUAGGAAGUUUGCAAACAUUUUUGCCUCUAAUAUUGAAUGAAAUUGAAGCACAACCACGCCGACAGUAUUUGCUUUUGCAUUCGUUAAAAGAAGUCAUCUCUUCACUUUCGGUUACAUCAAAUGGACUUUCACAAUUGUUGCCAUCAGUCCCAUCAAUUUGGGAACAACUGUUCAAGCACUGUGAAUGUCCCGAAGAGGGCUCUCGUAACGUUGUCGCCGAGUGUUUGGGAAAAUUAGUUCUAGUAAGUCCAGAAGAACUUUUACCUCGGCUGCAAGAUGCUCUACAAUCUGAAAGUCCUCUUAUGCGCACGGUAGUUGUCUCAGCAAUAAAGUUUACCAUUUCUGACCAACCGCAAGCCAUAGAUGUACUCUUGAAACAAAAUAUAGGCAAGUUUCUGUUCUUGCUUCGAGAUCCGGAACCUUCAGUAAGACGAGUUGCAUUGGUUGCAUUUAAUUCAGCUGUUCAUAAUAAACCCAGCCUUGUGCGAGAUCUACUUCCAACAUUGCUACCAUGGUUAUACUCCGAAACAAAAGUGAAGAGUGAACUUAUUCGAGAAGUUGAAAUGGGUCCUUUUAAACAUACAGUUGAUGAUGGAUUAGAUAUUCGUAAGGCGGCAUUCGAAUGCAUGUACACAUUACUCGAACAAGGAUUAGAACGAGUUGAUGUUAUGCAAUUCUUAGAUCACGUACAAGCUGGACUUUGUGAUCAUUAUGACAUUAAAAUGUUGACUUAUUUAAUGACCGCUCGUUUAGCCGUAAUUUGUCCCGAUGCGGUACUACUUCGGCUUGAUCAAUUUGUACAACAGUUACGGGACACUUGUACACACAAAGUGAAAGCGAACUCUGUUAAACAGGAGUAUGAGAAACAAGAUGAAUUGAAGCGAUCAGCGUUGAGAGCAGUAUCCGCAUUAUCAAAGAUUCACAAAGCAGAUAAAAAUCAACAACUGACUGAUUUCUUAAAAUCAAUUAAGGAUUCUCCAGAAUUAAGCAAAAUAUAUGAAUAUGUUCAAAAGGAUACUGUUACUAAUAACACAGAAAUUUCCAUGGAUCAGAGCUAAACUAAAUUCAAGUUUUUCUUCUAAGUCAACGGAUAAACUUUAAAAAUAAACAAAAUUCGAAAUGAUAUAUUUAAAUCUUUGACAUAAUUAUUAGAACUUAUAAAUUUUACAAUCCAUAGAUAUUUUGAAUUUGACAUUUUUUAGUUUUCAUUUUUAUUUGGAUCUAAAAUUGAUUCUGCUUACAUUUAAUCCUUAAUGAUUUCUAUGAAUAGAAUUAUAUUUUUUCUUAUUUAGAAAUAAAUGGUUAAAAUACAAGUAAAUACUAAAUAUCAUUAAACCAAGAAAA